ACGAGACAUAAUGAGAGGAAAUAGUAGGCCGGGGUUCGGUCAUUCACCUGGCACGCUAAAGCAGGUCUAGGUACUCCCGACGUACUCAAUCUACUUUUGAAAUACGGUAUAAAAAGCGGCAAGCAUCCACUCGGAAUGUUGUUACAUCCGAUCAAGAAAGCGUAUCCUCAAAAUGAAAUCAGCUUUUGCUAGCUUGGGAUUAGCCCUUCAAAUUUUGACGUUGGCGUCAUCCAUCAACGGUCUUCUGUUGGGUCCUCAGGUAACGUUAUCCAACGGUGAUACCAUCACCGGUAACUACGAACUCCUCAGCAAUCUUGAAUCCUACUUAGGUAUUCCAUAUGCCGCUCCACCCGUCGGGAAUUUGAGAUUCAAGCCACCCCAGCCGUACACCGGAAGCUUGAACGGUUUCAGUGCCCAGGCUUACGGUCCUUCAUGUCCCCAAAUGAACCCAGAGGCGGACUACACCAAUACCUUGCCAAAAGUGGCGUUGGAAUUGGUAAUGCAAACCCCGUUAUUCAAUGCGAUCAUCCCUCAGUCCGAGGAUUGCUUGUCCCUUAAUGUGUACAGAAAGAGGGGCCUCUCUUCGACCGCCAAGUUGCCAGUAAUGUUCUGGAUUUUCGGCGGUGGGUUCGACCUCGGUGGUACCAACUACUACUUGCCGCAGCAGUUGAUGGCGCAGGGGGCUCUCCAGGGCCAAGACUUCAUCUAUGUCUCAGUCAACUACAGAGUCGCCGCCUUCGGGUUCUUGCCAGGCAAGGAGAUCAAGGCCGAAGGUAGUGGUAAUUCUGGGUUGUUGGAUCAAAGGCUUGCCUUGCAGUGGGUUGCCGACAACAUUGCUUCGUUUGGCGGUGAUCCAAGCAAGGUUACCAUUUUUGGUGAAUCGGCAGGUGCGAUUUCUGUGGGUCACCAGAUGGUUGCAAACUACGGUGACAACACUUACAAGGGCAAGCCAUUGUUCAGAGCUGGUAUCAUGCAAUCCGGGACUGUUGCCCCAAUCCAGGAUAUCGAUUCCAACUACGCCCAAGGUAUCUUUGACUCUGUUGCUGGCUUCGCUGGAUGUGGGAAUGCCACGGAUAAGCUACAGUGCUUGAGAAAUCUCCUGUACACCCAGAUGCAAGCUGCAAGCAACUCCGUUCCCGGUUUCCUUUCCUACCAAUCCUUGCACAUCUCUUACUUGCCAAGACCGGAUGGUGGUUUCAUUCCCUACCACCUGAUGAAGAUGCUUGCUGACGGACACUACGCGCGGAUCCCAUACAUCAUUGGAGACCAAAAUGAUGAAGGGAGUAUUUUCUCUCUCCCUAACUUGAACGUGACCACUGAUGCUGAAAUGCAAGCCUUUAUCCAGUAUUCGUUCCCUAAUAUAACCAGUUCUGAGAUGUCUCAGUUAUUGACCUUAUACCCGCAUGACAUUACACAGGGUUCUCCCUUUGGAACUGGUAUACUCAAUGCUUUGACGCCUCAGAACAAGAGAAUGGCUGCUUUGAUGGGAGACAUCGUGUUCCAGGCUCCAAGAAGAUUUAUGUUAAAUCGCACUCCGGACGUUACCAGCUACACCUACUUGUCUCAGCAAUUACAAGGCCUCCCAAUCCUCGGCACGUUCCACGCCAACGACCUUAUCUGGCAAUAUUUUGUCACUGCAUCUGGGUCCUUGAUUUAUCGAAAUGCGUUUAUUGCGUUUGCCAGUACCUUGAACCCUAACAGCGGUGGGUUGUUUACCUUGACCAACUGGCCGAAGUACCAGAACACCAACUCAUUGGCCAACAACAUGAUGUAUAUUAAUAGUUUGGGUAUUUCCACCGGAAAGGAUAACUACAGACAAGCGCAGAUGAGCUUCCUCAACAAUAACUAUUUGGACAUUUCCACUUAGAGGAAUUUUAUGUUUCAGUGCGUUGACAUUGAAAGGGGAUUAAUGGUAUAAUAAAAGAUUAGGCUAAUGAUUU